UGCGAAAGAUACAUUGAAGAGUGUUCAAACUCAAAGUGAUAAAGUCACCACUUACAGGAGUACAAUUUCUCGAUACUCUAGUAUAUUUCAUCACGAGACAAAAUACCACUUCAAAAGCGAGUAUUUUUGCCAUAAAGAAUCUGUCCAUUCAAGACCUAACUAGAACAAAACUGAUGUAGGGUAUGUGAACCAGUUAUGACUGUACUCAGUUAUAGUCGAAUAUAUGAGUCAUUUAACUAGACAUUUUCAAAUAACCAAGUAAAUAUUCAUCAAUCAAAUGUGGUAGAGGAUCUAGAUGGACAGGUUGUCUCAAAAUAAUGGAUAUUAAACGAGUAACAGACACAAUUGCUAUAACUGGCUCAUGUACCCUACAAACCUUUCCGUUAGUGCGCAGUAAUUUGCUGUCUAGUGUUGCGAAAUAUUCUCGCUGCAUUUACAUCGUAUUUAACCUGGCAAGGCCACUUGUGUUGUGGUUGUGCGUGAUUCGAGUAGACAUAAGUGGAGAAAAAAUAAAUAAAAACGGAACCAGCUUCUAGCAUCGGUCAACCAGCUUUUGCUCUAUCUGCUGCGCCUGGCUGGGUUCUAGGUUCUCUGAAGGUGAGUAAGAAGCAACUUAGUAAUGAACUCGGUGAAACGGGUUAUCGACAAGCGAUUGAAAGGGCAAUAAGCGAUGCGAAAAGACUCCAAGAAGGCGGCUAGAACCGGUGGCUAAUGGCAAACGCGUUCAACGGGUGCUAAUCGACAAGGGAGGGGAUCAUAUGGUUCUAUGGCAGUAGUACGUACGACGUUCUUCGCUCAGCUAUGUUCUUGUGCUAACCUAUAAUUUGGAGUACGUAGAAUUAUAUAUCUUUAAGAAGUGAUCAGUACCGAGUUGGUGAUGAAAGAGGCAGGUCGAGAAGAGUGACAUAUCUCAUGAAUCAAAGCUGUAUUCCAGCGGUAGAAUAGACAGUGAAUCGGGCGUUCUUCGAAUAACACGGAAUAUCAACGAUGAAAAAAGUGAAAAAUCCAAGGCUAUGGAUCGGUUUGCGGCCGAUCAAAGCACAGUUGGAAACGGCCAAGUUUAUGUUUUUCUACGGUUCCAAGUUCGACGGACAUGAAAUAUUUGAUCUGGACCAGGCCGAUAAGAUCGUGCAUCAUCCAGAGUUCAAUCGAACCAAGAAGACGGUUAUGUACUUCCACGGGUACAUCGAAUCGCCGGAAGUGGAGAGCGUACACGUGAUAGUGGACGCCUAUCAGAAGCGAAAUGAUCACAACGUGAUUAUACUGGACUGGACACAGCUUGCCGAUGGAAACUAUCUGCUGGAAGCAGUACCAAACUGCAAAAAGCUAGGGCAAAAACUUGGAUCCGUGAUAUUGGAUAUGAUAAGCGCUGGAUUAGACGUCAGUAAGCUACACUUGGUGGGACAUUCGCUGGGCGCACAGCUGGCAGGUUACGCUGGUCGCACCGUGUUAUCGUUAUCCGAUAAAAAGAUUAAGCUUAAGAGAAUUUCAGCUUUGGAUCCCGCGUUCCCCCCUUUCUAUCCGGGCGUUUUUGUGACGCAUCUGAGUGAGAAGGACGCUGAAUUUGUGGACGUCAUUCACACGGACGCUUGGCUGUACGGAGCACCAGUAAGUACAGGAACGGCAGAUUUUUGGCCUAAUAAUGGUAAAACUCUGCAGCCUGGUUGUCCCAAAAGAAACUACAAACCACUUACAGACAACGAUCUAUGCAGUCACCGGCGGUCGUGGUGGUUCUGGGCGGAAAGUGUAUCCGAAAGUGCGUCGACAUGCUUCCACGCAAUGCGCUGUAAGUCCUGGGGGGACUUCAAAGUGGGCAAAGUAGACCAAUCUGCACAGCUUGUCCACAUGGGUAUAGACUGCAGUACAGACGCCAAAGGCGAUUAUUACCUGCAGACAAAUGGGACCCCACCCUACUCAAAGGGUAUCGCGGGGGCCAAGUACGAAUAGCGCAGCAGAUAGCCGUUUGACUAUAUACCAGUCUUAGAUUAGUACAAAUUGAAUACGAAUAAAGAUUUGCAACCAGCAAUUUGAUAGGUCUACUUAGAAUACGGGCGUCGAAAAUUUAGAAGCAUUGUACAUCAAGACGAGUGACUUAUUUUUUGUUUGUUUUGAAUAUGUUGCUUGAUGUUAACUAAUAUCUACUUAGAGAAGAAACUUGCACAUUAGCUAAAAAAACAAAAUUGUAAAUAUAAGGUACUCUGGGGCAAGUUGAAGCGGUUUUUUCUAUAUUGAAACUUUAACCUAUUUAAUAAAAUCGCCCGAAACAAUCAAAGUUUAUUCAAUCAUGACAUCAUAAUUGUAUUUUGCCUUAUUUUUUAUGUUGUUUAAAAACCUCGUCAAAUAUUAGAGAGAUGAAACCGGUGAUUUCUAAUAAAUAUUGGUGUAUUUAAUAACUACUUUCAUGUUAACUACGGGGUAAAAUACACAUUUGCUUAUUUUUUUAGUAAUGGUAACAUUUUAUUAGCGUCAGUUAAUAAAAUUAUCAGGAUAGAAAUAAUAUAGGCCAACAUCAAUCAAUUCAAGCUCUAACGCACAAUCGUUUCACUUUGUUCCUCCUAAUACAUGCAUAAUUACCUAAAUUUAAAGUGCAAAAAGAUUUCUUCCGUAGAUUUUUCUCAAUAAAUCAUGUAGAAGUAAUGAACAAUAAUAAGUAUUUUGGAUAGGUUUCGUGAACGACGAAAAGUGAACAAAGACACAAACAAAUGUUUUAAGGGGUUACAUAGCUUUUUGUGAGAAAAAAGUCAUGAAAGUUUUAAUUUACGUAAAGAAAUGAUUUCAUUACAUCAAACGUACAGUAUUUUGAUAGUACAUUUUUCAGUGAAACAAAUAAGCAUAAGUUCAUAAAAAUGUAUUAUUAAUAGGCGGACUUAUGGCUUUUCCCUCAAAACCAUUUUUUAUUUGAGAGCUUAACGGUGAUCACGAUUGAAGACCAAUAGAUCAACUACAAUUCCAAAACUCAAAAAAUUACAUUGGUAUAUGAGUAUUCCUCGUAACUUAACGAUUAGUUGAAUAAAUAAUAAUUUUCUCCUGUGUUCGGUAACUUUUUUCAUAAAAAUCUCUGUUUUAAGCUCUAAAAAUUGUAUUUAAAAUUCUUAUCUAUAAAACAAAAAUUUAUGAAUAAAAAAGGAAUCGUUAGGGUACAAGGAAAUUAAUUACAAAAUCGGUUGAGUGGUUUUUCGGCAAUCGUGAUUACGGAAAAAACAUUUUUGGAAAUAAAUUUUAAAAUUUUAAAUUACCACUGCUCUUAGUAGAUGAAGCGCACUAGGAAGCGCUGUAACUUUUGAUCUAUUUCUCCGAUCUCAAUAAAAAUUUGGAAAAAUAUUCUCAAGGAGCUAUACUUUCAGAUAAAGUAAAAAGGUAUGUAACUCUUUAAUAUUAAGUUUAUGUGACACAAAGAAUACAUUUAAGAAAUGCUUUUGCUGCAUAAAAUUAUUCCUAUAAAUAUUCCUUUCUUGGAGCAUGGUUAGGUUUCAGUUUCAUUUUACUACGCAAUUGAUUUGGCCCCACUGUACCUUACAUAGAUGUACACGUAUCACGGUUUUGAUUUAUUUUAUCCCACGAAAAUAGUAAAUUUCUAAAAAUAAGUAGUUGAUGUUAGAAAUCUAUACAGCUUUGUUUUUUGAUUGACUGUGUAGUCUUAAAUCGCCAUAAAAAACCCGCAAGCAAUCCGAUGUUUCUACAACUAACUCAAAUUCAAAAUACAUCCAAUCAGAUAAAAAUAUCAACAACAAAUUAUUUACUAUCCACUGAAGCAAAAUACUGAAUAUUUUCUAUUUCUUUUUGUGAAGUUAAAAUGGCCUGCGCUAAACCAAACCAAACUAUGCGCCAAGAUUUUUUUUAGUAAUUUUUGAACAAAAAUUCAUUUUUCGAUAUCUUACCAUGAACAUAAAGAGUACCCUUAUUUACCUUCGUUUGCUAUUUCAUUUUCCAAGAAUAAAUAGAUGUUGGUGUUUGUAGUGCAACAUUGGAUACGACAGCGGCUGUAUUUAAAAAAAAAUGGCGCUUGGUCACUUUUGGCUUAACACAGGCCAAAUAAUAUUCAGAGCAUCCGAAAUAAUGUUAAGAUUCAAUAAAAAUGUGGUAAAUGGGUAGGAAAAUAUAUUAGAAUUGUUCUGUAGUCCCGGCACAGUAAUUAAUGUUUCGACGCCCAUUAUUCGAACUUUUAUAUCCAAAGAUUAACAAAAUUUCAGUAAUCACAGCAAACACAUUUCACUCUGAUCUUCACUUCACUUCAUUUACUUCUUAUUUGUUCAUGAUAAGUAAUCAACGCGUUGGUACAUUGCAUUGGGUCAAAAUUGUAUUUAUAUGUCAUGUUCGUUGUCAUUUAAAUGUGAUACUUUUGACAUGUCAUUCCCAUUUUGAUUAAUCCUACUUGCUCAAUAGGUGUGAUAUUUUUCGCAUCUUUCAGAUACCUUGUUUAGUUUGUUUAUGUGGAAGAAAUACAUGAACACAAUUCUCAUCGGUAGCAUUUUGGUUGCUAUACAAAGAACAAAUGUGUCUAGGAUAAUAGGAUGUCGUAAUAUAAUAAAUAAAACAGUAUAUUUACUGCUAUACCAGAAAUUGAAAGUAA